AUGAAAGCCAUGCCUUGGAACUGGACUUGCCUGCUCUCCCAUCUCCUGAUGGUGGGGAUGGGCUCCUCCACUCUGCUCCCCCGGCAGUCGCCCCCACCGUCCCAGAAGCGGUCUUUCGUCACGUUCCGCGGGGAGCCUGCGGAGAGCUUCAACCACCUGGUGGUGGAUGAGAGGACAGGGCACAUUUACGUGGGGGCUGUCAACCGGAUCUACAAGCUCUCCAGUGACCUGAAGGUCCUGGUGACCCACCAGACGGGGCCGGACGAGGACAACCCCAAGUGCUACCCGCCCCGCAUAGUCCAGACAUGCAAUGAGCCCCUGACCCCCACCAACAAUGUCAACAAAAUGCUGCUCAUAGACUACAAGGAGAACAGGCUAAUCGCCUGUGGGAGCCUGUACCAGGGCAUCUGCAAGCUGCUGAGGCUGGAGGACCUCUUCAAGCUGGGGGAGCCUUUCCACAAGAAGGAACACUACCUGUCGGGGGUCAACGAGAGUGGCUCCGUCUUUGGGGUGAUCGUCUCCUACAACAACCUGGAUGACAAGCUCUUCAUUGCCACCGCUGUGGAUGGGAAGCCGGAGUAUUUCCCCACCAUCUCCAGCCGGAAACUGACCAAGAACUCGGAGGCAGACGGCAUGUUCGCAUAUGUCUUCCAUGACGAGUUUGUGGCCUCGAUGAUCAAGAUCCCUUCGGACACCUUCACCGUCAUCCCCGACUUUGAUAUCUACUAUGUCUACGGCUUCAGCAGCGGCAACUUUGUCUACUUUUUGACCCUCCAGCCUGAGAUGGUGUCUCCCCCGGGCUCCACCACAAAGGAGCAGGUAUAUACGUCCAAGCUUGUGAGGCUUUGCAAGGAGGACACGGCCUUCAACUCCUACGUGGAGGUGCCCAUCGGCUGUGAGCGCGGCGGGGUGGAGUACCGCCUGCUGCAGGCCGCCUACCUGUCCAAAGCCGGGGCCGUGCUCGCCCAGACCCUCAGGGUCCGCCCAGAGGACGACCUCCUCUUCACGGUCUUCUCCAAAGGCCAGAAGCGGAAGAUGAAAUCCCUGGACGAGUCGGCCUUAUGCAUCUUCAUCCUGAAGCAGAUCAACGACCGCAUUAAGGAGCGGCUACAGUCCUGCUACCGGGGCGAGGGCACGCUGGACCUGGCCUGGCUCAAGGUGAAGGACAUUCCCUGCAGCAGCGCGCUCUUAACCAUUGAUGACAACUUCUGUGGCCUGGAUAUGAACGCCCCCCUGGGCGUGUCGGAGAUGGUGCGUGGCAUCCCCGUCUUCACAGAGGACAGGGACCGCAUGACUUCUGUCAUCGCUUACGUCUACAAGAAUCACUCUCUGGCCUUCGUGGGCACCAAAAGUGGCAAGCUGAAGAAGAUCCGGGUAGACGGGCCCCGGGGCAACGCCCUGCAGUAUGAGACGGUGCAGGUGGUGGAGCCCGGCCCCGUGCUCCGGGACAUGGCCUUCUCCAAGGACCGGGAGCAGCUCUACAUCAUGUCGGAAAGGCAGCUCACCAGAGUCCCCGUGGAGUCCUGCGGCCAGUAUCGGAGCUGCAGCGAGUGCCUUGGCGCGGGCGACCCCCACUGUGGCUGGUGUGUGCUCCACAACACGUGCACUCGGAAGGAGCGCUGUGAGCGGUCCAGAGAGCCCCGAAGGUUCGCCUCUGAGGUGAAGCAGUGCGUCCGGCUGACCGUCCACCCCAGCAACAUCUCCGUUUCUCAGUACAACGUCCUGCUGGUCCUGGAGACAUACAACGUCCCAGAGCUGACAGCUGGCGUCAACUGCACCUUUGAGGACCUGUCAGAGAUGGAUGGGCUGGUGAUAGGCAAUCAGAUCCAGUGUUACUCCCCGGCAGCCAAGGAGGUGCCUCGGAUCAUCAAGGAGAACGGGGACCACCACGUUGUCCAGCUGCAGCUCAAGUCGAAGGAGACGGGCAUGACCUUCGCCAGCACCAGCUUUGUCUUCUACAACUGCAGCGUCCACAAUUCGUGCCUGUCCUGUGUGGAGAGCCCGUACCGCUGCCACUGGUGUAAAUACCGCCACGUCUGCACCCAUGACCCCAAGUCUUGCUCCUUCCAGGAAGGCCGGGUGAAGCUGCCUGAGGACUGCCCCCAGCUGCUGCGCGUGGACAAGAUCCUGGUGCCCGUGGAGGUGAUCAAGCCCAUCACCCUCAAGGCCAAGAACCUUCCGCAGCCACAGUCGGGGCAGCGCGGCUACGAGUGCGUCCUCAACAUCCAGGGCAGCGAGCAGAGGGUGCCCGCCCUGCGCUUCAACAGCUCCAGCGUGCAGUGCCAGAACACCUCCUAUUCCUACGAAGGGAUGGAGAUCAACAACCUGCCGGUGGAGCUGACAGUUGUGUGGAAUGGGCACUUCAACAUUGACAACCCGGCUCAGAAUAAAGUUCACCUCUAUAAGUGCGGGGCCAUGCGUGAGAGCUGCGGGCUGUGCCUCAAGGCAGACCCGGACUUCGAAUGCGGCUGGUGCCAGAGCCAAGGGCAGUGCACCCUCCGGCAGCACUGCCCCGUCCACGAGAGCCAGUGGCUGGAGCUGUCGGGCACCAACAGCAAGUGCACGAACCCCCGCAUCACAGAGAUAAUCCCAGUGACAGGCCCCCGGGAAGGGGGCACCAAGGUCACCAUCCGAGGGGAGAACCUGGGCCUGGAAUUCCGGGACAUCGCCUCCCACGUCAAGGUGGCGGGCGUGGAGUGUAGCCCUUUGGUGGAUGGCUACAUCCCUGCCGAACAGAUCGUGUGUGAGAUGGGGGAGGCCAAGCCCAGCCAGCACGCCGGCUUCGUGGAGAUCUGUGUGGCCGUGUGUCGGCCUGAGUUCAUGGCCAGGUCCUCGCAGCUCUAUUACUUCAUGACGCUGACUCUCUCAGACCUGAAGCCUAGCCGGGGGCCCAGGUCCGGAGGCACACAGGUGACCAUCACGGGCACCAACCUGAACGCAGGCAGCAACGUGGUGGUGAUGUUCGGCAAGCAGCCCUGCCUCUUCCACAGGCGCUCUCCAUCCUACAUCGUCUGCAACACAACAUCCUCAGAUGAGGUGCUGGAAAUGAAGGUGACGGUGCAGGUGGACAGGGCCAAGAUCCACCAGGACCUGUUCUUCCAGUACGUGGAGGAUCCCACCAUCGUGCGGAUUGAGCCCGAGUGGAGCAUCGUCAGUGGAAACACACCCAUCGCUGUGUGGGGGACUCACCUGGACCUCAUACAGAACCCCCAGAUCCGGGCCAAGCAUGGAGGGAAGGAGCACAUCAAUCUCUGCGAGGUUCUGAACGCCACUGAGAUGACCUGCCAGGCUCCGGCCCUCGCUCUGGGGCCCGACCACCAGUCCGACCUGACAGAGAGGCCCGAGGAGUUUGGCUUCAUCCUGGACAAUGUCCAGUCCCUGCUAAUCCUCAACAUGACCAACUUCACCUACUACCCCAACCCUGUGUUUGAGGCCUUCAGCCCCUCGGGAAUCCUGGAGCUCAAGCCUGGCACACCCAUCAUCCUGAAGGGCAGGAAUCUGAUCCCACCUGUGGCUGGGGGCAACGUGAAGCUGAACUACACCGUGCUGGUUGGGGAGAAGCCGUGCGCCGUCACGGUGUCGGAUGUGCAGCUGCUCUGCGAGUCCCCCAACCUCAUCGGCAGGCACAAAGUGAUGGCCCGAGUCGGUGGCAUGGAGUACUCCCCAGGGAUGGUGUACAUAGCCCCGGACAGCCCGCUCAGCCUGCCCGCCAUUGUCAGCAUCGCUGUGGCCGGCGGCCUCCUUAUCAUCUUCAUCGUGGCCGUGCUCAUCGCCUACAAGCGCAAGUCCCGCGAGAGUGACCUGACUCUGAAGCGGCUGCAAAUGCAGAUGGACAACCUGGAGUCCCGCGUGGCCCUGGAGUGCAAGGAAGCCUUUGCCGAGCUGCAGACGGACAUCCACGAGUUGACCAGUGACCUUGACGGAGCCGGGAUUCCCUUCCUGGACUACAGAACCUACACCAUGCGGGUGCUGUUCCCGGGAAUCGAAGACCACCCUGUCCUCCGGGACCUCGAGGUCCCGGGCUACCGGCAGGAGCGCGUGGAGAAAGGCCUGAAGCUCUUCGCUCAGCUCAUCAACAACAAGGUGUUCCUGCUGUCCUUCAUCCGCACGCUGGAGUCUCAGCGCAGCUUUUCCAUGCGCGAUCGCGGCAACGUGGCCUCGCUCAUCAUGACGGUGCUGCAGAGCAAACUGGAGUAUGCCACCGACGUGCUGAAGCAGCUGCUGGCCGACCUCAUCGACAAGAACCUGGAGAGCAAGAACCACCCCAAGCUGCUGCUCAGGAGGACCGAAUCGGUGGCUGAGAAGAUGUUGACCAACUGGUUCACUUUCCUCCUCUACAAGUUCCUCAAGGAGUGCGCCGGGGAGCCCCUCUUCUCGCUGUUCUGCGCUAUCAAGCAGCAGAUGGAGAAGGGGCCCAUCGAUGCCAUCACGGGUGAGGCCCGCUACUCUCUGAGUGAGGACAAGCUCAUCCGCCAGCAGAUCGACUACAAGACCCUGGUCCUGAGCUGUGUCAAUCCCGACAACGCCAACAGUCCCGAGGUCCCAGUGAAGAUCCUCAACUGCGACACCAUUACUCAGGUCAAGGAGAAGAUUCUGGAUGCCAUCUUCAAGAACGUGCCCUGCUCCCACCGGCCCAAAGCUGCAGACAUGGACCUAGAGUGGCGACAAGGAAGCGGGGCGAGGAUGAUCCUGCAGGAUGAAGACAUCACCACUAAAAUCGAGAAUGACUGGAAGAGACUCAACACCCUGGCACAUUACCAGGUGCCAGAUGGUUCAGUGGUGGCCUUAGUGUCCAAGCAAGUGACAGCCUACAAUGCAGUGAACAACUCCACUGUCUCCAGGACCUCAGCGAGUAAAUACGAAAACAUGAUCCGGUACACAGGCAGCCCUGACAGCCUCCGUUCACGCACACCAAUGAUCACCCCCGACCUGGAAAGUGGAGUCAAGAUGUGGCACCUGGUGAAGAACCAUGAGCACGGGGAUCAGAAGGAGGGGGACCGGGGGAGCAAGAUGGUGUCUGAAAUCUAUCUCACACGACUGCUGGCCACUAAGGGCACGCUGCAGAAGUUCGUGGACGACCUGUUCGAGACCAUCUUCAGCACGGCGCACCGCGGUUCGGCCCUGCCCCUGGCCAUCAAGUACAUGUUCGACUUUCUGGACGAGCAGGCAGACAAGCACGGCAUCCACGACCCGCACGUCCGCCACACCUGGAAGAGCAACUGCCUGCCCCUGCGGUUUUGGGUCAACAUGAUCAAGAACCCCCAGUUUGUGUUUGACAUCCACAAGAACAGCAUCACGGACGCCUGCCUCUCCGUGGUGGCCCAGACCUUCAUGGACUCGUGCUCCACGUCGGAGCACCGGCUGGGCAAGGACUCCCCCUCCAACAAGCUGCUCUAUGCCAAGGACAUCCCCAGCUACAAGAACUGGGUGGAGAGGUAUUACUCAGACAUCGGGAAGAUGCCGGCCAUCAGCGACCAGGACAUGAACGCGUACCUGGCUGAGCAGUCCCGGAUGCACAUGAACGAGUUCAACACCAUGAGCGCCCUCUCGGAGAUCUUCUCCUACGUGGGCAAGUACAGUGAGGAGAUCCUCGGACCCCUGGACCACGAUGACCAGUGUGGGAAGCAGAAACUGGCCUACAAACUAGAACAAGUCGUAACCCUCAUGAGCUUAGACAGCUGAGAACCGUCCUUCCAGCCCGCCCGCUCCCGCCUCCCCCACCGGAGGGAGGGACACACCAAGCCGUGCCUCAGUCUAGAUUAUCAUCUUUACCAAGUGCAAGUUCCGACUGGCGCCAGCAGCAUCCCCUGAGCAGCGCUGUCUCCCUCUCCCUUUCUCUCUCUGCCUGCUUCUGUCUCUCCCGCCUUCCUGGAUCCCCUCUCUUUCAG